AUGUCCGAUACGCGUGGUCCAAAGAUUAUUAUCUCAUUAUGGAUCCUCACAAUACUGGCCUUCGUCCUCAUGGUCCUUCGCUUCGUUUGCAAAUACUGGUACAGUAAAGGCUUCGGCGGCUUAGACGAUAUUAUUCUCUUCAUAUCUUGGGUAUUUGUCCUUCUCUUCUGUGUGUUUACUGGGACUGUAGCUGUGAGUUACGGACUCGGUAAGCACAUCCAGGACAUCGACCCUCGCAAUCUACACACGCUUUUCAAGCACUUGUUCCUCGGAGAGUUCUUCAUCAGUUUCGCAGUCGCAGCUACUAAAACGUCCUUCUCGCUGACACUGCUGCGUAUUACGGUCCGCGAGUGGCACAAAUGGUUCAUCUGGUUCCUAAUGGUCUCUACCAACUUGGUGAUGUUCACCUGCGCUUUCUUGUUUUUCUUUCAGUGCACGCCUGUAGAGAAGCUCUGGGAUUGGAGGGUUGAGGGAAAGUGUUUAGCUCCGACGGUGGUCGGUUACUACAGCGUCUUUGCUGCAGCAUAUUCUGUUUGCACCGACUUCCUCCUUGCCAUGUGUCCUUGGUUGAUUAUCCGGCAAUUACAAAUGAAUCGGAAAGAGAAAGCAGGCGUCAUCGCAGCAAUGUCGCUAGGAAUGCUGGCAGGCAUCGCAGCAAUUGUGAAGAUGACGUUCCUCCCGAAUUCUAUAUACUGGAAAGACCUGCUCUACGAAUCGGCGAACCUGCUCAUAUGGGCUACCGUAGAAUGCUCGUUAUGUAUUAUUGCGGCCUCUAUUCCCUUCCUCCGUGUGCUAGUCCGCGAUGCGUCGUCAAGCAGAGCGUCACGUCCGUAUGGACAGAGCUAUCAGUUGUCUGGAGGUCUAGGAAGUAGGAAUAUGACAUCGAGGACUCAGAGACGGUCUCAGAAGCAGAGAGGAAAUGAUGGUUUGAGCGAGAAGAGCAUACUGAAUGAGUCGGGGACUAUGCUGGCGGUAGAGAUGGGCGGGAUCAUGAAGGCGCAGGAGAUCCGGGUGGAGUGGGAAGGGCUUGACGGGGAAUCGUUAAGUCGGAGGCAGAGUCAAAAUACGGAAUCAGCUAGGGCGAGAUCGUGA